AUGAGUGGUGGAGCUGACGUCACCGAGCCCGAGUCACUGGCCAAAGAGCUGCCGGAUGGUAAGGACCUCGCUGACGAAGCACGGAAGCGGCAAGCCAGGAACCUGGCGGAGCUCGAGGUGCUAAUGCGCCAAGCACGUGAGCAGGAUGAAGAAGAUCAGUUCUUCGAAACCGUGCGACGCCGGCGCCAGGGCGACAUAUCUCCGGCUACUGUGACCAAGGCGGCGAGGGAAGCUGCUGCACCCCACUUGGAUGCCGCGGCAGCGAGCCGAUUUGUGAGGCAUCACGCACAAAGGAGCCGGCAAAAAUCUGAAGAGGCGACCGAGAAAGAUCUACCGUUGUCCAUGGAGCGGCACUACGAGGUGCUAGGUCUGCGGCCAGGCACCCCGACUGAGGAUGUGCAUGCAGCCUACAAGCGUCUUGGGGCGACUUUGGGCGACGAGCCGGCCUUUGCAGCUGUGGGUUCCUUGGGUAGUUGCCUACAAAGUGCCCGGGGCACGAUGCAGGCUGGUGCACGGGCCAAGCGGUUGAGGGCCGCGACUGCGGCUUACGAGGCCAUUUGUGAGCAUUGUGAUGAGCGCCCAUGGUCUCGGAUGCCGCCGCCUUCAUAG